AUGCUCUUCCUCUUUGGCGUAGCCGCCCUCCUCGCAUUCAUGCAAGACAACUGGACAGGCCCACCACUAAUGCGGCAAGGGCUGGAGCUGCACCACCUCUUGGAGGAGAAGAUGCCAACGAAGACGGCAGCCACCACCAGCAAUGAUGAUGCGGGCGGUGAUGACGAUGUGCUGCAGGUGCUGAAACCGGGGGACGCCAUGCCCGACGACCUCCCUGUUGGCGCGCGCGAAGGGGAGCGGUCCACGCCGACACACCGCACCAUCCUCGCAUGCCUCUCCGCAGACGGCGAGCAAAUGUAUGCGUGGGUGCGUGUGCCCCUGCUGCUGUUGAUUGCCCGCACCGUCUUCGACUCGGCAGACAAGCGCUUUCCUCAAGUGCAGGCUGCUGCGGCGUAUGAGCUGCGGGCGCUGCGUGCGCAUCAGGAGAUGAUGGAGCAGACGUGCGCGUCCAUCUACGACCGCGUCAACGCCGUCAUCCCAGCAGUUGAGGCAGCUGCGGCUGCGCCUGAUCUCGCCGGCGGCGCUGCAGCGGCUGCACAGCUCUUCCUUGAAACAGCACUCGUCUUCCACAUGUACCACCACACCUCAAACGCCCAGGCUGCGCUGGACCGGGCGCAGACGACACUGGACAUGGAGGUGGCGCUCACCGGUGCCCUGGGCAAGCGGACCAAGUUCCAAGUCAAGAGCCUUCCCCAGCUGCUGCUUGCCAUCUCCAAGUCCACCAACGCCCACCACGACCAUCCAGAGCCAACAUCCCCGCCCGAGCAGCUGCCGAAGACGCGGCUGGACAAGUUGAAGUCGCGAAAGCUGCAACGUUCGACGGAGCAGCUCGCUGUUGUCUCCAACCUCUUCAUGCGGCGUGCGCCAGAUGCGCGCGGGCGCCUCCACAACAUCUUCAGCGUUUCGCUGCCCCCAUAUUGGCAGCUGCAGCGUGAACUCGCACAGCGGUACAUUACGAUUGGGCUGCACCGGGAUGCGCUGGUGCUGUAUGAGCGACUUGAGCUGUGGGAGGGUGUCAUCACAGCACAUCAGCUCCUGAACCAGGACACCACUGCAGAGGCCAUUGUUCGCGCCCGCCUCGACGUCGACCCAAACAACGCGUCGCUGUGGUGUGCGCUUGGCGAGAUUACGCGCAAGGAGGAGCACUUUACAAAAGCGUGGGAGAUGUCUGGCGGGCGCCUUACAAAGGCCAUGCGACUCAUGGGCCUCAUGCUGCUCAGACAGGCUGAGCACGCCCUGGAGUCGCGAGAUGAACUCAAGACAGACAAGUACAAGCGCGCCAUGGACUGCUUCGAAAAGUGCCUGAAGCUCAACUCGCUGCAGGCUGGCGUGUGGUUCUCGCUCGGCUGUGCUGCGAUGCGCAUUGACGAUCACGCCACGUGCACGCGCGCAUUCCGUCGCAAGGUGGAGAUUGAUGACUCGGACUUUGAGUCCUGGAACAACCUCGCCAACGGAUACGUGCAGCUCGGUGACAAGCGCCGCGCCUACUUUGCCUUCCACGAGUCGACCAAGCGGGCGUUUGACAACUGGAAGGUGUGGGAAAACUACAGCGCCAUCGCCGUGGACGUGUGCGCGUUCUCGGAAACAAUUCGCAGCAUUCACCGUCUGAUGGAGCUCAAAUCAGCGUACGACGACUGGCAGGUGCUCGCUGCACUUACGCAGGGCGUGCUCAACAACGUGCGUGAUGUGGAGGGCCGCGAGUCGAAGCAGUUCACCGACAAGCUGGCGGAGGUGAUGCAGAACUUGCGCCACAUCACGGUCUCAGACUAUCGUGUGUGGCUCGUUGCCGCUCGCUUCUUCAACGGCAUCGGCAGCCACAAGGAGGCGUACGAUGCAAGGCGCAACGCGUACCAGCUUGCAAAGGCCGCCAAGGGCUGGGAAAAGGAUCCACACGCCGCCACCCGUGUUGUGGAAUGCCUCCAGGACAUGGUGGAAGGCAACGCUGAGGGCAAAGCCGUGAAGGAGAUGAACAGCUGCAAGCUGAUGAUCAAAGGCGUGGCCAAGACGCUGAGCAUGGCCGUGGACAAGGGGUAUGGUGGAGAAGAGAUGCAACAGCUGCGCGACCGCACACAGCAGCUACUGGACACGGCGCAGGCCUUUGUCGAACAGCACAAGGAGUGACGUGUGUGUGUGUGUGUGUGUGUGUGUGU